AUGGAGGGGGCCGGAGCUCGGGUGCCUAGAGACGCUAGGCCGGCGGCCGCGACGGCCGUGAUGGAAGUGUCCUCUUCUUUGGGAUCCCCGCACGAUACAGGUUAGGGUUGCCAGACCUUUCGUUCCGGGGACUCUUCUGCCACUCAUGCUCCGUUCGGCGGUGCUGAUCGCGUUUUUUUAUUUAAUACUCUAGUUAGGUUUUCGCGGUCGGAAAAUGAGGGAAGAUAGGGUCUCCAGGGAGUCGAAAUUGCCCUCCCAUGCCCAUUGUAAUCGAUUCCCUUUAAGGAUCUGUAUUUCGUUUUGAACUUGGAACGCGUACGAUUCGGCAGGUUUACCCACGCGAUCGGGAUGCUUUUCGAGGAAUUUGCCUUAUUUUCUUUCAGAUUUCAUACAUGAAGGCCGGCGCAGAAAAUUUCAAAAAGCUUUUGUUUCUUCGGAGUCCGCAUGUUUUUUUUUGCUUCUCGUAGGUUUAUUCCCUCAAUUCGAAGAAAUGCCGGUUUAUGCUCUCCAAGUUGUCAAGGGUUGAAAUUCCCAUCGAUUUCUCCAUAUCCUGAACCUAAAACGAACAUGCAAUGGCGAAGGAAUCUGAAGAUUACAAAUCGUAUUUGCCAGGAUCGACUCUUCAACCCCACCGUGCUCUCACGUACUUAGAAAUUUGUCUUCGUAUUUUGAAACCUUUCCUGACUGGCCAGUGGAAACUAUUUAUAUGCAGCCCCUUUAAAAGAAUAUCUUCCUUUCCUCCUAUUUCAUUCAUUUAUUUCGAAGAUUUCUUUCGUCUGCAGAAAUCGUUGGUAACGUUAUCACGAUUUAGGUACACCAAUGGAAUAAAAAGAUGAUUUCUCGUGGAUUUCAGAAAUUUUCGAUUAUAUUAAGCGUUCAAAAUGUGGUUGGCUCUUGCUCCAUCCAGAUAAUAUGUGGCAAGUGAAUAUGAGAGCUGACGAAGCUAUUGAACGUGGGCCAUAUCCCGAACGCCUGGGAGAGCCAGAUUGUUCUUAUUACAUCAGGACUGGCCUCUGCAAAUUUGGGCUUACGUGCAGAUUUAACCACCCUCCCGAUAGAACGCUGGUGAGUAUCCCCUUCAUUUUCUCCUUAGCAAGUCUUAAUUAUCUAUUCGUAUUUAUUUUCUCCUUCUCUUUCUAUAUUCCUUGAGGUUCUCCAGAUGCAAUUUAUAUUAUGCAAGCAGUGCAUUGACCGAUCCUUUUGUGUUAAUCAGUCUCUUGCUUAGCUUUAUUACUAUCCUCAUUGCCGACCAUUCUCCAAGGUUCGAAAUGGUAUCUUAUGAACCAAAACAGACAUUCUGAACUCUUCUGCAUUACUUACAUUUCAUGGGAUCAUACAACAAAUAAGAGCUAUAUGUUCCUUUUCGCAAUCUAAUUGCUUAUCUGUAAAGUGGGUCACAGGAAACCAGUGUACAUAAACUGUUCAUCUGUUUAAGUUGAACUGAAGACUUGUUUCUCUCAUCCCGUUGGUUUCUCUCUUCCAGAAUGUUGUUGUUUUAUACAUCUUUGCUAGUACACCUAAUUUCGUUUUUUAUGGUCAGUUUUUGGGCUUGAUUAGGUCUUACACAAUUUCAGGCCGCCGCUGCUGCCAGAUUUAGAGGGGUAUUUCCUGAAAGAGUUGGACAGCCUGAGUGUCAGGUAAGUUUAUUAUUAUUUUCUCAUUUCACGGCCAAUUCGUUGCCAGCUUUCCUUGUAAAUCAUUAAUAUGAUCGCAUCUUGAACAAGUACCCGAGUUUCUAAUAGAUGCGUAGAAUUAAUAGAUGGAUCCGUGGUUGAAGCAUGUUGAAAUUUGCAGUGAGAGAAUCAGGCAAGAAAAAACAAUGCCUCUUGCUGAAUAAUCACAGUUGUUGAGAUGGUUGUGAUCUUCAACAAGUGACGAUGUGUGGCAUUAUGGCCAAAUACAGCAUAUGUAUGUGUGUGUGUGUGCGAGUUUGUAAAUCUCAUGUAAACACAACUUACAAUAUUGACAUGCUUUAUCUAAGUGUUUUAAUCUAAUUGUGAGUCAAGUUUGUGGGAUCGGCCAAUUCUCAUUAGAGAAAGAAGGAAAUGUAGCCACAUGAAUGAGAGCCAGAGGAAGAGGAGGUAGGAAAGCCAUGUAGAGAGAAGACGAGGAGGGAGCCUACUCGUUAUUUCAUCCGUCAUUUUCGCUUUUCCUUUCCCUUCCUUUCCUCCGUCAACCCCCCUCUCUCUCUCUCUCUCUCUCUCUCUCACUAAGUCCUGGGCCGCGAAGGAUUUGAGUUGGUGAAUGAAAAUGUUUGCUUUGAAUGAAAAUCCAUGAAAAUCAUGUACUUUCCUUUUAAAACAUGCUCCUUAUGUUUGCCUUUAAAUUUAUGUAGUACUCUCUUAUUUCAUUGUAUUUUGGCCACAUUGACUUGGGAGUGAUCUUGCAACCAAUGCAAUCUGAGGAAACCAUGAAUCCGCACGGGGAUGGUACUAAUUAUAGUGUUUUCAGGACAGGAUUUUUGCGUGAUUAACAUAUUGCAUGCUGCAACCAUCCCAAAUGCAGAAAAGUGGUCCUUGCAAUUAUUCUUUUUUAGGUUUUCCCACCCAAAUUUAAAACAUGCUAGGUAUGUGUGGGCUAUUUAUGAAUACGGAUUGAUGGAAGUGCCGGUGUUUUGUGCUUUUUGAGUAAUCAUGGUAAAUGUGAUGGUUGCCAAGAGCCAGUUCAUCCUCAGUGCAGCGUAUACAUAUGGUCUUAUGUUCCUCUGUUACACCGUAUCUAUUGAUAUGAAGCUUCCAGUUUGGACAGGCGAUCCAAAUUCUAGACUUCACCGACUCCAAAACUUCCAGUUAGUAUUAUUUCGAUAGUGGGAAUCAAAGUUUGACUUCGUCUGCCCUUUUUACCCCUCUCGAUUCCUAGGAUCUGAGUACUCUUUGCCACAUGUUUAAGUUCCGGAACAUAGAUUCCGAGUCCCAUGCUCUCUGUUAAAGGGUGUGUGAUGUUGGGCACAUCUCUUAAUCAUUAUUUGUGUUUUUUUAUAAUUAGUACGAAGCUCUGGUCUUUAAUUUCUUGCUUACUACAGUUUUGUUUCUCCUACUGAUUACCAAUUUUGUGAGCUAAGAGAUACGUUUGAACUUGUGCAGUACUAUUUAAAGACAGGAACGUGCAAAUUUGGAGCAACAUGCAAGUUCCAUCACCCAAGAGAUAUCGCAGCAGACUCUGGGAGAACUCAUUUAAAUGUUCUAGGCUACCCCCUUCGACCGGUUCGCUCCUCCUGUUUGCUUAGGCUCUGUGUUGCCCAAAAUAUUUUAUUCGAAUGUGGGAAAUUAUUCAGCGUAUGAAACUCACUUUAGCUAUAUUUUGCCGUUCCUUUUUUUUUUUUGCUGUUCUUUGUGCAGAAUGAGAAGGAGUGUGCAUAUUAUUUGAGGACUGGGUUAUGUAAGUUUGGGGAUACCUGUAAAUUUCACCAUCCACAGCCAUCUAAUACUGUGGUCUCUUUACGCGGUUCUUCUGUUUAUACUACUGUGCCUUCUCCGGCAAUCCCUGGUCAACAGCCCUAUUCAGGAGGGUUGACAAACUGGCCUCUUUCAAGAGCUUCCUUCAUAGCGGGCACACGCUGGCAAGGCCCUUCAAGCUACGCUCAGCUUAUUCUUCCUCAGGGGAUGGUUCAAGUUCCUGGAUGGAAUGCAUAUCCCGUAAGUCCUAUUUCGUUCUCUAUUUUCUGCAUUCCGUCGAAGAAACUGGACCCGGUAGCGGGAUUGGUCAUGGAAAUUUAGCCAGUUUCAAAUGCCAAAAAUUUUGAAUCUCUCUCCAGGGACAGAUGGGCUCCUCUGUCUCAUCCCCUGGGAACCAGCAGCAGACUCCUCCCAGAACUAGUCAAAUCUAUGGGUCCUCCCAGCAAAGUGAGAUCACUGGUUCUGGAGGUCAAGGCUCAGUUUCCCCAUAUCAAGUCAACUCCGUCCCUAUGGGGGUAUAUGCAUUUCAGAAGGAGAAUCUAUUUCCAGAGAGACCCGGCGAACCGGAGUGCCAAUAUUACAUGAAGACUGGGGAUUGCAAGUUUGGUGCAGUGUGUCGGUUCCAUCAUCCUAGAGAAAGAGUGAUUCCUGUUCCUGACUGUAUCCUGAGUCCCCUGGGCCUUCCACUGCGUCCGGUAAGUUGCCCUCUCCAAUUCCAUCGUCGUAUGCAUAUAUUCUGGGCGACGAGAAACUUACUCUGCUCUACGACCUUCACACAUUUCUUGUUUCAUCUGUAUGUGGUGUUGCAUCACUCUCCCAUUUCUUUGGGGGGGAAUUAUGGAUUUCGUCAAUGCUAUCCAUUAAUGCUUGAUACUUGCCUGGAUUGAAGAUCGUGUGCGCUUUAAGCUCUGCUCGAACAAUAUGGCGCCUUGAUCGUUAGUUAAUACCUGUGAUCUUGUUAUCAUGAAAUGUUUCUUUCCAAUACUAGAAACUUAAUGCUGCCAUGAUUAACCUGAUGCGACAUAAUAAAAAUGGCGCACUGGAAAAAAAAAAAAAAAAACCAAAAUAGUGAUUUCAAAACGGCUGCUUUAGGCUUCACUAGGGAUACAUUUGUUUUAUUCCCAUUUUAAUUCAUCGGAUUUGAUGGCCAUGAUGGUCCUCUCAGAUAUAGAAAUGUUCCAGAUUGAUGCAAUUUGUGGAUUUAUGGCAGGGCCAAUUCCAUAGCAUCCAUAUCUUCUAUUUUCAUGCUGCUCAUCGCUUUCUGUUUGACAGGGAGAAACUCCGUGCCUCUUUUACUUGCGAUAUGGGAUAUGCAAAUUUGGUUCAAACUGUAAGUUUGACCACCCCAUGGGUGCCUUCACCUAUGGCCUUUCCUCAUCAUCCUCGGCUGACCAGUCAGGCAGGCGUCAUUUGAUGGGGUCUUUGCCAAGUGGCACAGCGCCACUGUCCUCUGAAGGACCCAUUGAAGCGGCUGCUGGAAUGUCUAGGCGGGCAGAGGAUAACCGGCAAGGAGAACAUUGA